ACUUUACUCAUUUUGGGCGGGAAAACAACAAAUGACGUUUGAUUAAUUUUAAUGUUUGACUUUAGCCUAACCUGUUCAGAUAGGCUUCUUAAGACUUCAUAGAGCUAAAUAUUAAAACAGUCCUGAUAGGAAAGGUGCUAAUAUUAUACAUUUAGAGUCUGCUGCAUUGUCUGAGAUUGAAUCUUUAUGUAUAAUCGUUAAUUAGGUUAAUUAAUCGUUAGCAUUGGCGACAGCUAGCUCACUUAGCAGAGGAGAAGAUGGCAGCUUUGAAGAUGUGCACCAGAAAGAGCAAGGAGGAAACUGCCGAGUGGACAGAGUUAUUCAUGAGUGACCUGAAAACCGAGCAGCAGUCCCUCGUCUUCGUCAAGAGGAUGAUGGCUGUGGCGGUCUCCUCCAUCACCUACCUCAGAGGGAUCUUUCCAGAGGGGGCCUACAGAUCCAGAUAUCUGGAAGAUUUGUGCAUCAAAGUUUUGCGUGAAGACUGCAACACCUCUGGUGCCAGUAAAGUUGUCAAGUGGAUGAUGGGCUGCUUCGAUGCAUUAGAGAAGCAGUAUCUCCAGAUUGUAUUCAUCGGGGUGUACACCGAUCGAGAUGAACCAAAUUGUGUUAUUGAGUCAUACCAGUUCAAAUUCAAAUACAGCAAGAAGGGGCCACAGAUGGACAUACUCAGGAACAAUGACGUGGAGAUGCAGGUGACUUUGGAGGACACCAAGAGAGCCUCGGUGCUGCUCAUCAGGAAGCUCUUCCUGCUCAUGCAGAACCUGGACGCUCUCCCCGACAACCUCUACCUCAACAUGAAGCUCUACUAUUACGAUGACAUCACUCCUGUUGACUACCAACCGCCGGGCUUCAAGGAGGGCGAAUGUGACAGCCUCUGGUUUGAAGGCAUGGCUGUGCACCUGAAGGUGGGUGAGGUGCAGACAGCUUUCCACGCCUUGAGAGUGCGCGUGUCAGUGGAACAAGGCCGGGUGGAGAGGCUUAAAGAGGGGAACCACCUGAAGCAGGUUUCUGAGAGCGCUCCUCCAGAGAGGGAAACAAUCAUGGAUCGUCAGAAGAAAAUAUAUGACCAAGAGGAUCUGCCUUCUGAAGAUGAGUCUGCACAGUUCAAGAAACCUACAAGACCUUUGACAAAGAGAGCUGCAGCUGCCAAAAAUCUGGCGAGGAAGAAAAGAAGAAUUUAGCCACGACAAAAAAACAAAUGCUCUGUCAGUAAUGUAAGCAAAAACAUGGGCGAUUCCUUCAUUUUAUUGAAAUGUUAAACUCUGUUUACUGUUGUGUUAGUGUCUAUUUGAUAAGCAAAAUGUGUUAAACAGGUUCCUUAAAUGAUUAUCUCCACCCACGAGGCAGGAUGUUACCAUCGCAGUUCACAUUUAGACAAGAUUGUACAAAAAGUGUUUAAAUCAAUACGAUGUUCAAAGUGCUUCAUUUUUUUUUGCCAUUUUGCAUGUAUAAAAAUAUACUGAUAUGUAAUCUUCAAGAAAUAAAGCUUGACUUGUAAACAACACUGUAAAAAUGUUUUUCUGUACUUGGAUGACAGAAUGUAGUGAGCAAGAAAACAUACAGUGCAAAUCAUGUAUCACAAUGUGCGACUCGUACAUGUGUUAGUAGGCGAAAUCGAUCAAGGUUAAGAUCUUUGAUUUGAUCCAUCAGCUGUCCUACUUUUACCUCACAUUCAGAAAAUAUUUAAAAAAUAUCAUGGCUCAUAUUUAGGACAGACUCCCUUCUUCGUCGCUUGUUUCUUGUCGUGUGUGUGUGUGUGUGUGUGUGUGUGUGUGUGUG